CAAAAUUAUACUUAUUUUAGUGAAAGUCGUAGAUAUUUGAUGAAAAUAUGGCAAUUAAAAAGUUAUUUUUAGCUACUGUUUUAUUGUCAAUUUGUUUAAAAGAAGCUACAACUGAUACUUAAACUUACAAUGCAAGAUGGUUUUGAAUUGUACGAUUUUUAAAUGAUUUUAUGACCUUCGUGUACCACUACCCUUUAGAUAUAAGUCUACAAAUAAUUAUUUACAACACCGAAAAGCUGUGUUCUUAAAACCCAAUCAGACAGAAUGAGUUUUCUACAAGAAUUUCAAGUUGUUGUACUGGCAGCUGGUAAGGGUUCCAGAAUAUCGGAAAUUACUACGGGGAAACCUAAAUGUUUGUUGCCAAUCGGUCCAAAGCCUUUAGUUUGGUAUCCUUUGUAUAAGUUACAAAAAUCCGGAUUUACAGAGGUUAUAUUAGUAGUAUUAGAAAGUCAAAAGGCUGAAAUUCAAUCCACUCUAGAAAAAAGCGAUAUAGAUAUCAAAAUAGACUAUUUUACAAUUGGUGAUAACUCAGAUUUAGGCACUGCUGAUAGUCUAAGGCUUGUACAUGACAAACUAAAAUCAGACGUGUUGGUGGUAUCGUGCGAUUUCAUCAGUGAUGUUAGUUUGAAGGGACUGUUAGACAUAUUCAGAGCGAAUAAUGCUUCAUUUGCUUCUCUGUUAGUACAUCCUCAAAAUGGUGAGAACCUCAUUGUUCCUGGGCCCAAAUCGAAACACAAACCAGAAAGAGAUCUCAUUGGUAUAGAUGAGCAAACCAAUAGACUGGUAUUUCUAGCAUCUGCUAGCGAUUUCGAGGAAAAAUUCACCUUACCGCUAUCGCUGCUAAACAAACACACCAAAAUCAAAAUGCACAGUAACCUCAUCGACUCUCACGUGUACGUACUGAAGAACUGGGUGAUCAAAUAUUUAAAACACGAAGACAGUUUGACGUCUCUAAAAGGGGAAUUAUUACCGCAUAUUGUUAAGAAGCAAUUGGCUAAACCUCCUAAAACUAUCGACACCAAUCAGUCCAUUCUUACCAUGAAAGAUCCUGGUGAUAUUUUCGCUUUGGCUAAAGAAGAUGCUUUGGAAUCGACCAUAAGGGAGUUGUCCAGUUUUAAUGACCAUACAGGCGAUUUGAAAGAAGCCUAUCACGGGGAUGUUGUUCGGUGUUUCGCUUAUGUCGCUCCUAAAGGAUCGUUUGGGGUUAGGGUCAAUACCUUGCAGGCGUAUUGGUCUACUAAUGCUAGAAUCAUUGAUAGCUGGGAAAAAAUCACGUACGGCAAGGAUCUCGCUUUAAAAUCGUCGAAGGCGACGAUAUCGUCGACUCAAGUGGACGAUAAAUGUAUAAUAUGGGAAAAUGCGAAAUUAAACGAAAAAACUUCGUUUAAAAAUGCCAUAAUUGGCAGCAAUACGGAAGUCAAAAGUUUCAGCAGAGUUUUUAAUAGUAUUGUAAUGAAUAAUGUUACAAUUCACGAAAAGGUGGCGUUGGAAAAUUGUAUAGUUUGCGACGGGGCUACGGUGGAAAGUGGUUGUAAAUUGAAGGGUUGUUUGAUAGGCAGUAAUCAUAUAAUUCCCGAAGGAUCUGAACAUACUAAUGAGGUUCUCAUAGAGUCCGAUCGAUUGAUGGAGUUUUAAAUUAUUGAUAUUUUAUGUGUAUAUAAAGAGAAAAUAAAAUAUUUAAUAAAAACA